AGAGCGGGGCCGCGAUGAGGCGGCCGUUGAUCCCCGAGCAGCGAGUGGCGGCGACCGUGGCGACGAGUGGGGCCCGGCGCCGACCCUGAGCGCAUCUCGACCCGCCUUACCGCGCGUGAGCCCCGACCGGCCGCCGCAGCCAUGAACCUGGCCAGUCAGAGCGGCGAGGCCGGCUCCGGCCAGCUGCUCUUCGCCAACUUCAACCAGGACAACACGUCCCUAGCUGUUGGUAGUAAGUCCGGUUAUAAAUUUUUCUCCCUUUCUUCUGUGGAUAAGCUGGAACAGAUCUAUGAAUGCAAUGAUACGGAGGACGUGUGCAUCGUAGAGAGACUCUUCUCGAGCAGCUUAGUGGCCAUUGUGAGCCUCAAAGCCCCUAGAAAGCUCAAAGUCUGCCACUUUAAGAAGGGCACGGAGAUAUGCAACUACAGCUAUUCCAACACCAUCUUGGCCGUGAAGUUGAACCGGCAGAGGUUAAUAGUGUGUCUGGAAGAGUCUCUGUAUAUACACAACAUUCGGGACAUGAAGGUACUGCACACCAUCAGGGAGACGCCCCCAAACCCUGCAGGCUUAUGUGCUCUGUCCAUAAACAAUGACAAUUGUUACUUGGCAUACCCUGGGAGUGCAACCAUCGGAGAGGUACAAGUCUUUGACACCAUCAAUCUGAGAGCUGCGAAUAUGAUCCCAGCUCAUGACAGUCCUCUGGCAGCACUGGCUUUCGAUGCAAGCGGCACCAAACUUGCCACUGCUUCAGAGAAGGGGACCGUGAUUAGGGUGUUUUCCAUUCCAGAAGGACAGAAACUCUUUGAGUUCCGGAGGGGAGUUAAGAGGUGUGUCAGCAUCUGCUCACUGGCCUUCAGCAUGGAUGGCAUGUUCCUCUCCGCGUCCAGCAACACAGAAACUGUGCACAUCUUCAAACUCGAGACUGUGAAGGAAAAACCCCAGGAGGAGCCCACGACCUGGACUGGCUAUUUCGGCAAAGUACUCAUGGCUUCCACCAGCUACUUGCCCUCACAAGUCACAGAGAUGUUCAACCAGGGUAGAGCCUUCGCCACCGUCCGCCUGCCCUUCUGUGGCCACAAGAACAUCUGCUCACUAGCCACAAUUCAGAAGAUUCCCCGACUGCUGGUGGGCGCGUCUGACGGGUACUUGUACAUGUACAACCUGGACCCCCAGGAAGGGGGCGAAUGCACCCUGAUGAAGCAGCAUAAGUUGGAUGGCAGCAUGGAGACGACCAAUGAGAUCUUAGACUCUGCAUCCCACGACUGCCCCUUAGUCACCCAGCCGUAUAGCACAGCCAUAGCGAAAGGUACUUAUGUGCCUCCGUCCCCAACGAGACCUGGUAAGGGGUGUGACACUCACCUGGAAGCCUACACAGACGACCUGGGUGCAGUGGGCGGCGCCUGUCUGGAGGAAGAGGCUGGUGCCCUGCGACUGGACGAGGACAGCGAACAUCCUCCCAUGAUCCUUCGGACAGACUGAGCCUGACCUGUGAACUCUGACCCCAGAUGCAGAGAACACCAGGUCGAGAGAGGACUUGGUGUUGUGCUGCUGUGAACUUUGACCUGAGUAGGGGGAGAGGAUGGCAGAGACUUAAAAACAGAUCGUAGCUGUAGUCUAAUUCCAUACUGUUGAGAAAAUACAUUGUUUUCACUUCAGUGGCUUUUAAUUCUGCUUAUGAAUUUUAGCUUUUUGGGAUAUUUGCUUUUUUUUUUCUCUCUCUCUCUCUCUUUUUGCCAAAAAUGACUGUUUGGUGAAGCCCUUGAACCCUCCUUGCUUUGCAUGCAUUCAUGUGCCAAGCUAGCGUAGGAGAGCGAAAAGCCACGUCGUAGCAAACGGAAGUUGUCUGGGUUUCAUAGAUGUAUAUACUGGUGAGUGGACAGACAGAGUGGUGUCACACAGCACGGUCUGGUCAGUGAGGCAGGUUCUGCCAUGACAGGUCCAAGACCCCUGCAAGGGGCUGGCCAGUGUGCAAGGCAGCCGGAGGCCAGAGGAGAGCCUCCCUCCAUGCACCCCCACCUGGACCAUUCUUCCCUAUUCUGUUUUGUUAAAUUCUUUCCAAGUUGGAUGAUCCUGGGAUUUCUUCCGCGAUGAACUUCAAUUUUGUGUCUGAUCUUGCUUUCUGUGUGGGUACUGUGAGAGAGGGGAUCUAUGAUAUGAAAAGCCUUCCCUCUGGCAGCAAGCAAACCGGAAAGGAUGUCUGGGAAGACCCGGAGGGAAGGAAGUGGUCUCGUUUGUAUAAUUAAAUGAUCUGUUCUUUUUCUUUAA